ACAGGCAACCAGUCAGUCAGCCACCCAGCCAAUAUUGGUAUUAAACUACUAACUCGGACUUUGCAAUCUCCAGUUUGAGUUCCAAAUAAGUACGCGCAAGAUGUUUACGUGCGGUGAUCGCGAUCGGCGGAUCAGUACCUUUUGCGCAUUCAAAUUCGUUCUGAGUUUUGCAACAAUAACUUUACUUGCACUGUUCAAUCCAUUCGAAUGUGAGGCCCGUACAUCGCCGCAGUUGAAAGUUCAACUCCCACAUGGAGGAGUACUUGUGGGCCGUCAUCUGAUAACGAACAAAGGUCGACAUAUGCGAGCCUUUAUGGGAGUACCAUAUGCUGAACCACCUGUGGGAAAAUUACGUUUUAAGCCACCGGUUCCAUAUCGAUCAUGGAGUGGAGAAAAACAGGUCAUCGAAGAUUCUCCAAAAUGUACACAACGUGAUCCCUUCCGACGGGAUAUGGAAAUGGAGGGCAGUGAAGAUUGUUUAUAUCUAAAUGUUUAUACACCGGAGGAGCCCGAGACAGAUGAACCAUUACCCGUUAUGGUUUGGUUCCAUGGCGGUGGCUGGGAAUGUGGUUCCGGCAUCAGCAGUUUCUAUGGUCCUGAAUUUUUACUCAAUCACGAUAUUAUCUUAGUGUCGGCCAAUUUCCGUUUGGGUCCGCUUGGAUUUUUGAGCACCGAAUCUAUAGAUUGUCCUGGAAAUUUCGGAUUAAAGGAUCAAUUGGAAGUGUUGAAGUGGAUACAAACAAACAUAGCUGCAUUCGGUGGAAAUUCGAAGAGUGUUACGAUAUUCGGGGAAAGUGCGGGUGGUGCCAGUGUAACAUACCACAUGCUGUCGGAAAAGUCUAAAGGCUUAUUUCAUAAAGGCAUUGCCCAAUCUGGAACAUACUUCAAUCCAUGGGCACAGCCAGCCCAUAAAGGAGUACCCGCACAGCGAGCUAGGAAAAUGGCCAAACUUCUGGGAUGCCCAAGUGAUGGUAAUUGGCCGAAAAUGUUGGAAUGCCUAAGAGAGAAGCCAGCGAACGAUGUGGUGGCAACAAUUUAUGAUUUAUUUGAAUGGGAUUUUGACCCCAUGAUACCAUUCCCACCGGUUGUUGAACCUGAUCACCCUGAUGCCUUCCUAACAGUUUUGCCACGUACAGCACCACCACCCCAUGGCCUUAAGCUGCCGCUUAUGAUUGGAGCCACAUCAGAGGAGGGAUUGUUGAAAACAGCAGCACUCUUAAAUAUCCCUCAUGUGCUGGAGGACUUCAAAACCAAGUUCAAUAAAGUUCUGCCAAUAAUUCUUAAUUACGACCAUUUGAAGAAGUCCGAACAGGAGGAGAUCAAUCGAAAACUAAUACAAUUCUAUCUGAAAAAUGGUCACGAUUAUGAUAAAUUCAAUCAUCAGAAUAUAACCGAUCUUAUAUCUGAUGGUUGGUUUAUAGCAGGCAUUGAUGAAUACAUACGUUUACGCAUUCAAAAUCGCAAGGAGAAUCCGCAGGGAGUUGGUCCAACUUUUGUUUAUUUAUUUGAACAUAAGGGUGCUGCAAGUUUCUCCGAAUUAUUUAAAGGUGGCCGCGAAGAUUAUUAUGGUGCCUGUCAUGCCGAAGAAUUGCAAUAUUUAUUCCCAAUUGCUCAUAGCCUGUUUGUAAGUGCUUCGCCGACCAAAAAGGACUUGAAAGUGAGAGAAAUUAUGCUUGAAUUGUGGGUGAACUUUGCCAAAACAAGUAAUCCAACACCUUCGACAUCGAAUCUAUCAACAUGGAAACCCACUGAGACUUAUCCCGUAACUUUUGCCAAAAUUGGUAGUAAAAACGAAGAAGAAGUAGAAAUGCUGAGACACGACCGAGAACUUUAUCAGCAAAGAGUUGACUUCUGGAACAAUCUCAAACCCCAUGUUCCAGCCAAGGAUUUUCAACUUCGCGAUGAACUGUGAUUGCAUGUUUCAGAUUGUGCAUUCCGCAAUAAAAUACAAUGGGUUGUUAAAUUUUUAUUACUUUCUUUAUUAUAUUUACUUGUAUUAUU